GGCGGGUCACCUGGAUGUUCGCUUGAUCACCAGGACACGAAGCUCGGUCCGCUUGGUCCAUACCUUCUUCGACAUAGAAGUAUCUGGCCGAUAAAAUAUCAUCCCCAUGUCCUAAAGUACCACUCCAUCCUCUCAAGUUUAAGAUUCCCUCACCCGGGCCACCACCACCAUGUUUACCAUCGCCCUCGCGGUAUGCCUUAUAUACGGAGCAGUCGCCCGUACCCAAUCCACCACCCUCGAGUCCUUCACAACCAAACCGCGCGUCUUCGUUCUCACCGACAUCGCCAACGAGCCUGACGACACAAUGUCCCUGACCCGUCUCCUCCUCUACGCCAACCACUUUUCCAUCCAAGGCCUCGCAGCGGUCACUUCCACCUGGCUCCGGAACGACACCUUCGCGUGGCAGAUCCAAGACAAAGUAUGGGAGUGGGGCGACGUUCGAGACAACCUGACGAAACACGCGGAGGGCUGGCCGGAAACGGACGAGCUGUUGGGGAAGGUGUAUUCGGGGCUGCCGGUGUAUGGGUUGGAAGGCGUUGGAGAGGGGAAGGAUUCGAAUGCUAGUGUGGCACUCGUUGCGGCGGUUGAUAACGCCAGCGCCGGGGACCCGUUGUGGGUUACUAUCUGGGCCGGUGCAGCGGUGCUUGCACAAGCGCUAUGGACGGUUCGGGAAACGAGGCCACAACUAGCCGUGGCGAGCUUCGUAGCCAAUCUACGAGUCUACGCCAUCUCAGACCAAGACGAUGCCGGUCCUUGGAUACGUUCCCAUUUCCCGGACAUCUUCUACAUUGCAAGUAUUCAUGGCUUCAAUCAGUACCGUUUGGCUACCUGGUGCGGCAUUUCUGGCGAGUUGUUUUACGAUUUCGACGUGGGUGGCCCAGAUUCUAGUUUAGUCACCAACGAUUGGCUCCAAUCCAACAUCAGGUCGUCCGGAAACGCAUUCUCAGCCAACUACCCCAAAUUCGCAUACAUCAUGGAAGGAGACACACCAUCCUUCCUCUACCUGAUUCAAAACGGUCUGUCUGCGCGUGAUCAUCCAAACUGGGGCGGUUGGGGCGGACGAUACGGGCAGCCCACAAACGAGAGCAACCAAUGGGCCGACUCCAUCGCCUGGAAAGUCCCUGGGGUCGACGGCCGCAACUACACCUCCAACCAAGCAACCAUCUGGCAGUGGCGCAAAGCCUACCAAUACGACUUUGCCGGACGCAUGAACUGGACCGCGACUGCCGAUUUUGGAGAUGUCAACCAUAACCCGAGACUGUACGUCAACGGGACUGGGGGGCCGGAGUAUCUGUACGUCGAGGUGGACCCGGGGACGAGCGUCGUCCUGGACGCGCGGGGAAGCUUCGAUCCUGACGACGGUGAUCGGGUGGUGUAUACGUGGUCACAGUAUUUUGGUGCGAGUUUACCUGGUUCGGGCGACGAUCAGGUUCCGGCGCUGGGGAUCGAGGAGCAAGAGGAGGGUAUGCUCGCGACGGUGGCAGUCCCCAGUGAGGAUGCGGUGCAGAAUAAUGGGCAAUGGUCGACGUGGCGCCUGACAGAAGGGGGGUUGGUGCAUGUGUUGUUGGAAGCCUGGGAUAACGGUUCACCUCCCCUCGUGAGCUACAAACGGGUAGUCUUGAAGUUGAGGGGGUUUGACUAGGCUUUCUUUGGUACCUUCGGACCUCUGCCACAGAAUGAAGACAUUAUACAUGCACGCCAGGUCGCGGUUAUUAA